AUGUGUAAUGCAGUGUGUGAUACUAAGAAAAGGGGAGCGUGGACUGUUAUUCAACAGGAACUCGCAGAACGUGUUUGUGUUCCACGAACUGAGGGAACGGUUGAAUUGUAUUCAAAUGAAGAAGAAGAUGAUGAUGAAAAAAAAUAUAAUUCGUUCGUUACCUUUAUGUUUCCACAUAAUCUUUUAAAGGAAUAUUCUUCUACGGUCCUUGGACCUCAGCUAUAUCGGGGUUUCAGUCGUUGCUCGAGUUUAUCUCCCUGUUUCUCUAUUUUACCAGUUCUUCGGUACGUUGGUGGGGUGGAUGUCUCGUUUGUGAAGGGAAGUAGUCUUGCUGUGGCCUCUCUUGUUAUUUUGGAGUAUCCUUCUAUGCAGAGGCUUCGUGUUUUCCUGCACCAUUGCGAAGUAACGGAACCCUAUAUUCCAGGAUUUCUAGCAUUUCGGGAAGUUGGGCCUAUUAUAGAGUUGAUAGGAAAUGCACGAGGAACUUUGAUGAAAGAAGGAUGUUUUCCACAGUUGUUACUUGUGGAUGGUUGUGGAGUUCAUCAUCCAUUUCGUUGUGGACUUGCCAGUCACUUGGGUGUUAAGCUUGACAUUCCAACUAUAGGCUGCGCAAAGAACUUCAUGUCUGUAGAUGGUAUAACACGAGAAAGAAUGAAUGAACUCUUUACAACCGCAGAAAAUAAAGAAAAUCAUAGUGAGAUAUCGCCAGUAGUGAAACCUAUUAUUGGACAAAGUGGUCUUUUGUGGGGUUAUGCUAUUACACCUAAUAGUCACGUUAAGAAACCUAUUUUUGUUUCACCAGGACAUCGUAUUGGUUAUGCUGAGGCAACCGCAUUAGUGCUUUCCAUGUGUAAGCACCGAGUGCCUGAACCCAUUCGUGCGGCGGAUUCGACCUCACGUGAGUGUAUUCGGUUAAUGACAGUACAGAGUAAUUCGUUGGAAAGUGAAAAUGUGAGGAAUUAA